AUGGAUCGUCACCCAAUUCGAUAUUUUGUUGACGUUCAUCACUCUGGCUCCAGUCAUAUCUCCCGUGUGAAGAGGAUCCGACAUCCAGGAAAGGAGGAAAUAGGUCCUCCUGUUCUAUCAAGCUACACCUUUUCCAAAACCUUUGCCACUCCUGGGCCUGCUCCCGUGCAGCGAUUGGAACCUCAAAGAGAACUACCAAACUAUAACAUUCGCGAGUAUUCGUCUAUGUAUCAUCACGGUAGUUCUCACGAGGAUGACACCCCACAUGUGCGCUUAAUUGCACGGGUUUAUCCAGAUUCUAUGCAGAUGCGAGGGAGCGCUUCCCGGUCUUUGGAUGGCUCUCUGUUCAGAGAGAACGGCUCUCUUUCUCGAGAGGACGUAUCACCGCGAAGAGAUGUUGCUAUGGGUUCAUUGGAACCAUCUUCCAGCCAAAAACGCGUCCACGAAGAUUCUCCAGCAACAGCCAAAUUCCAAACCGCGACAACGAAGAAAAUGAAAAAGGACGAGCAGAAGGAUGAUAGUGGGACUUCAAAGGACCCCAAGGAAGCCUUGGAAGGAAGAAGUCUUGUUGCGACGUCGUCGACUGUCACAACAACAACCCGCGUUACAAAUGAAAAGCAGGGUAGUUGGCAAACAAAAGAAGUGAAGGAGGCUCACAGUUCUACAUCGAAAGGUACUGGUGGAUAUUCCACCAAAGAAUCAAAGUCAGUGAAGCAUGACGCGCCCGCGGAUACUUCAGGGCGUACUUACCUUUCCGGUAGAUCGCGCCAUGAAGGUGAGGAACAAACAGUGGAAAAAGAACGUGUGAAACCUGAAAGUUACGGUUUACCAUCAACGUCAUUUGGCGGCCCUCUGCAAACGACUACUCGUCGUUCUGAUCUAGAACCUACACCAUUACGGGAGUAUGCUCGAGCUUACCAUUCUGGGCAGUCAUGGAACGACACUAAACCUAUUCCAGCUGCUCGGAAAGGUGAGGGCGAACGUGCUAACAUUAAGAGAACCGAACAUAUCUCUGAAACUGGUGAAGGCGAUCGUGCUGGUGCCAAAAAAGAUGAUAGUCCCGUGAAAACAGCUGUAGUGAAGAAAAGAUCUUCACCCAUGUCAGAUGAGGAAGAGGAACGAAAGAUCCGUUUGAUAGCGCGAGUCACGCCUCACGAAGAGGAGGAGGAGCAAGAUUCGAAAAAGCCAAAAAAGGACAAAGAUUCGUCUGGACUGUUCAGUUUUUGGAAAGGAGGAAAAAGAAAAAAGUAUGAAGUUACUACUGAACGCUCUACGGAUGAGAAGCUUGCAAGUCCGCAGAGCACCAUCAGUCGGCAGAAAGACGUAGAAAAGCUUCCUCUCAAAGCACCCGCUCCUGUUCCGUACAAGCCGUCUAAGGAUACAACAGAUACAUCGCGGCAUGCUCAUCUCUUUGGUAGGCAGCGUCAUGAAGGGGAAGAGGAAACGGUCGAAAAAGACCGAGCACGACCUCAAUCCUAUGGGUUACCAUCUACAUCUGAGGGCCCCCUUGAACGAACCGCACCAGAAUCUGAAUUGAAACCAGCACCAUUAAAGGAGUACGCUCAAGCAUAUCAUCAUGGAGAGUCGUGGAAUGAGGGUAAGAAAACAACGUCUUCCUCAGUUCAACCAGUUGCAAGCGAACGAACUAAGAAGAAGGCCGUUCUUCAUCUAAAGACAUCCCCGAAAAAGGAGCAUUCAUCUGAACUGAAUGAAGAGGAUGAAGGGAAAGUCCGGUUGAUAGCUCAUGUUCCCUAUAGCCCAGAAAAAGAAGAGUUAGAUUUAAGCAAAUUGCGUGAAACACAAGAUCAAUCCGGGUCGUUUAAUCUCUCAAAGUCUCGAGAGGACGAGCAAGAGCACCGUGCAAAAAAACCAUUUACUCCCGAGACAGAAACAACUCGCCGCACUUAUCUCUUCGGUAGG